UCUUCUCUACCAUCACAAAAACACCCAAAAAAAUGAACAAAGUCAUCUGUUUUUCUCUUCUACACCUCAUAUUUUCCUUCACUUUCUCACCAGUAAAUUCCCGAGAAAACGGCGCAAGCCUGAUCGACACAACUUGCAAAACAACACCCUUUUAUAACCUCUGCGUCUCGGCUCUCCAAUCGGACCCUCACAGCUCGAGCGCUGACAUACCGGGACUAGCCCAAAUCGGAGCAAACAAAGUGAAAGCCAAAGCCACCGCAACGCUGAGACAGAUCACGGCUUUACUUAAAGAAGCCAAAGAUCAAAGCCUGAAGAAGGCUUUGCUCGACUGCCUCGAUUAUUACAACGCCAUUGUGGACUACGAUGUUCCGACCGCCAUCGAUGCUGUCGUCAAAGGUGACCCUAAAUUUGGUUUACGGGGUUUAAAUGAUGCGGCCAAUGAAGCUCUAGCUUGUGAGAGGAGAUUUGAGAAACAGCCCAAGUUUCCGAUUGAAGGUGAUAAUAAGGUGGUGCAUGAUCUUUCGACCGUGGCUUCUUCGAUCGUUGCAUUGAUGCUCUGAGUCUGAGUGGCUUGAUCUUUUUUUUAAUGGUAUAAGAAAUACUUGAUGAUUUAGCUUUAUAUUUGUAAUUUACAGCUUAUGGAUGGUGAAAUGUACGCUUGCUACAGACAUGGUAUAUGAAAAUCUAGAAAA